AUGACUCUGUCUGGUAAAAUUGUUCUUAUAACAGGUGCCAGUUCCGGUAUCGGGCGAGCUACAGCCAUUCACAUGGCAGGAUUAGGAGCCAAACUUGCUUUAACGGGACGUAACGUGACCAAUCUAGAGAACGUUGGCAAAGAAUGCGAAGCUGUGGGUAAAUCUAAACCUCUACUGAUCACCGGAGAGAUGUCAAAUGAACAAGAUGUGAAAAAUAUGAUCGACAGUACCAUAAAGCAUUAUUCUCAGUUGGACGUGCUUAUCAAUAAUGCCGGUGUUAUGGAAAUGGGAAGUAUAGAAAACACUUCUCUAGAACAAUACGAUAAUGUAUUCAAUGUAAACGUAAGAGCUGUGUAUCAAUUGACUAUGUUAGCUGUGCCUCAUUUGAUCGCAUCCAAAGGCAACAUUGUGAAUGUCUCCAGCGUAUGUGGCUUACGUUCCUUCGCUGGUUUACUAGCGUAUAAUAUGUCAAAAUCUGCUUUGGAUCAAAUGACCGGUUGUGUUGCGUUGGAAUUAGCCACUAAAGGAGUUCGAGUGAACAGUGUCAAUCCUGGAGUGAUUAUCACCGAAUUACAAAAGAGAAGUGGAUUAGGCGAUGAAGCCUACGCUAAAUUUUUAGAAAGAGCUAAAGAAACUCAUGCUUUGGGUCGUCCUGGUAAUGCGGAUGAAGUUGCCAAAGCAAUUACAUUUCUCGCGAGUGAUGACUCGUCUUAUAUUACCGGCGCUAAUCUACCUGUUGAUGGAGGUCGUCAUGCGAUGUGUCCACGAUAGCGAAGAGAUCUCUUAUACUCCAAUAAAUUACACCAAAAAUACUGUAUUAUAUUCCAUUUAUUAUUAAAAGCAUUUGAAAAAUGA